GCAGCGAGAGAGAGCAGCGAGAGAGAGACAAAGAGAGAGAGUGUGUAUAAGAAAAAAAAAGAGUGAGAGUGAGUGAGAGAGAUAGAGAGAGAGAGAGAGAGGAGGGGUUGGGCAGACAAAACAAACUACAUGCAUAAGGAGGGAGCCAGAGGCAAAGAGACAGAGAGGGAGAGAGAGUGUGAGUGUGCAUGUAUGUGUGAAAACACUGCGCAUGUGUAACUGUGAGGCGCACUGACUGGAACAGACGGAGAAGGAGAAAGAGGUGUGAUGAUCAGCAGCUGAGACAAGAGGAGAGAUAACAUCAGAGGAAAGAGGAAGAAGGAAACGAGAGGCUUUACCUGGAGACCAGACAAGAGAAAAGGAAGAAACAGAAGGGGACAUAUACGCAGAGAAACACACAGCACAUAAGCUCAGACCGCUGCAUUAGAUAAGCUGAAUAAUUGGAGUGAUGGAGAGAGAAAGACUAGAGGGCGACGCUCAUCCUCAGCUCAAAGGAGAAGGAGCAAGGGUGGGAGAGUAAAGGACAGAGGUACCACAGAGGAGGGAGAGAGAAGAGGAACGAGGGAUGCAGAGCUCGACCGAAGCAGCCUGAGACAUGACGCAUCCACCUUGCAACAGCAUCCUCCAUCUUACAUCUCCUCCAUGUUUCCCUCCUGUCCCUGCUGGGUGCCGUUCGUCCUGCUAGAAUCAAAUGGAUAGGAGAGAGCAUCCUCCUGCCUGCAGUGAGACAUCCAAGGAACAAAGAGACUGAGCAGCUCGAUGAAUCUUCAGAGAGCACCAUCACCGACAUCAACAGCAACAACUGGAACAGGAGCGAGGAGGAGAGAAAGGACUGGAACAAGACAAGUGCGUAGGCAGACAGGUGAGGAUAUAUGGACCAAAGGAAUCCUGAAUCUGCGUCAUUGAAAAAGGGAGACAAGCACAGAAGCAUCCUUUAGACUGUUAUCACAUCUUCUGCUCAGUGGGGAGGGCUGACUGAAAAUCAAAUUAAAAACCUUCACUCCAACCUUUGAGGAAUUCAGGAGCUCGAAGGAGUCAUAAAAACAGCUUCCUGGAGCUUUAUAGGGCACCUCCCUAUAAAAAAAAAAGACAGUCUCCCACCUUCUUAACAAGCCACCCAGACUGACCAACUGUACCAAGAGCAGAGAGGACUGGCUGUUUUUCUUUCUUUCUCGCACAGUGGAGUUUCUGCGUAACAAACCCGCGGCCAAAAACAGGAAAUAAAGCAGGCGGUUGAGAAAGAAACGCAUCAAGGGCUAGUUGUACAAGGCAAGAGUUUCCUUGGCAGGCCACAGGAUAUCGUUUCAGACAAUAACUCUGAACUGCGUGAACUGAAUAUCCCACCCCCCUCUGUGAAUGCAGAAAAUAAAACCUGUACUGUAUGUAGAUAUGUGAGCAUCUGUGUGCAUAUGAGAUUAUUUAUUGGUGUUAUCACUGAGUGAGAACAACUCUUUGUGCUAAAUUACUGUUCUUGUGUGUUACUAUACUUUUCUGCAAAUAAGAUUCAGAAACAGCACAGGAUCAUCAGCAUAUGUGAGUACAAACAACAAAAAAACUACCUUUAAGUCGUCAACACUGGUCAGAAACUGUAAGCUUGACUGUUUAAUCAUCUUUACAUAUCAGCAGUGACAGAAUAAGAGCUGCAGAUUGUGGUGCUCUGGCUGAGCUCCUCUAUCUGUCUUCCCCUCAUAAAGACUCAGGCUGACAGACACACCCACCAGAGGGGCAUCUCUGAGGGAAACAUGGAGGCAACCAUCCGUCCUCAUGUCCCCUCGAAUGGCUGACUUUAAAAAAAGAGCAUUACUUAUUCCCUUUGCCCAGAAUCAGGCAGGGUCGUCCAGUGCUGAUUUGAGCCACAGCCCUUCUCUCUUUCACCUCCAAAAACUGUGCGAAUGUCCUGCCUCCGGCGUCAGCCCGUGACCAUCCCAAUGGACACCGUCAAGAUCAUCCAGUCGGAGAAGUUCCCCAGAGAGUGCCCUGUGCCCGUCACCCAGCCACGCUAUGCCCCGCCCCCAAGAGUGGCUUGGGAUGGCGGAGGCGAGGGGGAGAUCAUUGUCAACCAGGCGUGCAGUGACCUGGCUCUGGAGAUGACGGGGUCCCCCAGGUCGAUCGUUUCCUCCCCCGUCCCCGUGACGCGCAGGGAGCAGAGCUACCUGGCCCAGCGCAAAACCAGUGCCAACGAAAUCUGUUACCACCAGUUCCACUACAAGAUGGAAGACGUCAUAGUCAACCAGUACGUGCUGCGCUCCUCUUCCACUUCAUCGUCCACCUCUUCUUCGUCCUCCUCGGGACCCGUCAUGCCCUGUGAGCCCCUGGACUGCCCCACCUGCGGUCACACCUACAACUUCGCAGGCAAGCGUCCACGCAUCCUCUCCUGCCUGCACUCGGUGUGCGAGGAGUGCCUGCAGAUCCUCUAUGAGUCCUGUCCUAAGUACAAAUUCAUCUCCUGCCCUACGUGCCGGCGUGAGACGGUGCUGUUCACUGACUAUGGCCUGGCUGCUCUGGCCAUCAACACCAGCAUCCUGAGCCGCUUGCCCUCUGACCCCAACGGGCCUGUGCAGUGGGGUGGGGACGCCGACCGCAGCUGCUACCAGACUGUGCGCCAAUACUGCCAGUCAGCCUGCACCUGCCAGAUCGCCAACCCCUUGUCCUCCUGUGGCAUCAUGUAGACAAGGGGUGGACACUGCAGGCAUGACUCGAUGCGCCCCAAACACUCUUUUCAUCUAUAAGCUCAAGCCCCCCCCCCCCCCCCCCCCACCUUCACACACAUACACAUACAGUGAAUAAAUCCUUCCACAGAUGUUAUCUCUAUAUAUUUAAUAGCACAGAUGGAUGCUGUGUGGGACUAAUGGAUGCCGGCUGUUCGAUAAAUAGUAAAUAAAUGUAUUUUAUGUAUGGACUGGAAUCCUAUUCACCCUCUUUCGUUUGGUUGGACGUGUUUGUCAUUGACAUCUCUUUACAUGGGAAUGCCAGGGGAGGUAAAUCCCCCCCAACCUAGGUGAAUAAAGAUUAAAUAAAAGAUUAAAGUAA